GUUUUUGCGCAAAGGCGGAGCGCUUGAUCGAAGGCGGCGAGCACCGCAGGUGCGUUUGCGCCACGCAAUCGCGAGAUUUGAGCUCCGCCAGGAUGUAUGGAGGUGAUGAGGAGGAUUACAUGGAUGAGGAGGAGGAAAUCACACAGGAGGAUGCCUGGGCCGUCAUUAGUGCCUACUUCGAGGAGAAGGGGCUAGUGCGCCAGCAGCUCGACUCGUUCGACGAGUUCAUCCAGAACACGAUGCAGGAAAUCGUGGAUGAGUCGUCGGAGAUCGAAAUUAAGCCCGAGUCGCAGCACAACCCUGGCCGGAAUAACGAAUAUUCCGGAGAGACCACUUUCAAGAUCAAGUUUGGACAGAUUUAUCUGAGCAAGCCUAUGAUGACCGAGUCUGAUGGAGAAACCGCAACUUUGUUCCCAAAAGCUGCCCGGCUCAGGAAUCUAACGUACUCGGCUCCUUUGUACGCCGAUAUCAUCAAGUAUGUCACUCGAAAAGGAGAGGACGGCGAAGAAGACACCGAGCAGGAAGAGCUGCCGAAAGUCUUCAUUGGAAAGGUUCCUAUCAUGCUUAGAUCGAGCUACUGUACAUUGUAUCAGAACUCUGAUAAAGACCUUACUGAGCUUGGCGAGUGUCCAUACGAUCAAGGAGGCUACUUUAUCAUUAACGGGAGUGAGAAGGUCCUCAUUGCACAAGAAAAGAUGAGUACCAAUCACGUCUACGUGUUCAAAAAGAGGCAGCCAAACAAAUAUGCUUACGUUGCUGAGGUUCGUUCUAUGGCGGAGUCCCAGAACAGACCCGCGAGCAGUAUGUUCGUCCGAAUGCUGUCACGAGCCGGAGCCAAAGCGGGGUCUUCUGGCCAAUAUAUUCGAGCAACACUGCCUUAUAUCAAACAAGAAAUCCCAAUCAUAGUGGUUUUUCGAGCACUUGGAUUCGUGGCUGAUAAAGACAUCCUUGAGCAUAUCUGUUAUGACUUUAGCGACACGGCCAUGAUGGAAUUGCUAAGGCCAUCUUUGGAAGAGGCAUUCGUCAUACAGAACCAACAAGUUGCUUUGGACUAUAUUGGCAAAAGAGGCUCCACUGUGGGUGUUACCAGGGAGAAGCGUAUCAAGUAUGCAAAAGACAUUCUGCAAAAAGAAAUGUUACCGCACGUUGGAGUCGGGGAAUAUUGUGAGACGAAGAAAGCGUACUUUUUUGGAUACAUCAUACAUCGUCUAUUAUUAUGUGCGUUGGGCCGUCGUGCUGAAGACGAUCGAGACCAUUAUGGGAACAAGCGUCUAGAUCUUGCUGGUCCGCUGCUAGGUAGUCUGUUCCGGCAGUUGUUCAGGAAGCUGACUAAAGAUGUCCGAGCCUAUCUACAAAAGUGCGUAGACAAUGGGAAGGAAGUAAAUCUUGCAUAUGCUGUCAAAGCCAAGACAAUCACUAGUGGAUUGAAGUAUUCCCUUGCGACUGGAAACUGGGGACAAGCAAACUCAGGCAAUGCACGAGCAGGAGUGUCACAGGUUCUCAAUCGUCUGACGUAUGCCUCAACAUUGUCACACUUGCGAAGAUUAAAUUCUCCAAUUGGACGUGAAGGAAAGCUGGCAAAGCCUCGUCAGCUUCAUAAUUCUCACUGGGGUAUGAUGUGUCCUGCCGAAACUCCGGAAGGUCAAGCAUGCGGUUUGGUAAAAAAUUUGGCACUAAUGGCUUAUAUCACCGUCGGGUCAGCUGCCAAUCCCAUAUUGGUUUUUCUGGAAGAGUGGAGUACUGAGAACUUUGAGGAAAUUUCACCAGCAGUAAUCCCAAAUGCAACUAAAAUCUUUGUGAAUGGUGCAUGGGUUGGGAUACACAGAGAGCCGGAGCACUUGGUUAAAACAUUGCGGCAGCUGCGUAGACAGGUCGAUGUGAAUACAGAAGUUGGUGUUGUAAGAGACAUUCGGCUCAAGGAGCUCCGGUUGUACACAGACUAUGGAAGAUGCAGCCGGCCUCUCUUUAUUGUUGAGAAACAAAGGCUGCUGAUAAAGAAGUCAGAUAUCAGAGCACUGCAGCAAAAGGAAGCUGGAGAAAAUGGAUGGCACGAGCUGGUAUCCAAAGGAUUUAUUGAGUACGUUGACACCGAGGAAGAAGAAACAACUAUGAUAUCCAUGACUAUUUCGGAUCUUGUCAAUGCUCGAUUGAAUCCCGAAGAGGCAUAUUCAGAUACUUAUACACAUUGCGAAAUCCACCCGUCCAUGAUUUUGGGCGUCUGUGGGUCGAUUAUUCCUUUCCCCGACCAUAACCAGUCCCCUCGUAAUACAUACCAAUCAGCUAUGGGAAAGCAAGCUAUGGGUAUAUACGUGACAAACUACCAACUACGUAUGGAUACCCUUGCUUAUGUGUUGUACUACCCUCAAAAGCCUCUUGUGACAACUCGUGCUAUGGAGCACCUGCAUUUUCGACAACUUCCCGCUGGCAUUAAUGCUAUUGUGGCAAUUGCAUGCUAUUCCGGAUACAAUCAAGAGGAUUCGGUUAUUAUGAACCAGUCAUCCAUCGACCGCGGCUUUUUCCGCUCCAUCUUUUAUCGCUCUUACAGGGAUGAGGAAAAGAAAGCUGGAACGUUGGUGAAAGAAGAAUUUGAACGUCCCAACAGGGAGACGACGACGGGAAUGCGGCAUGGAUCAUAUGAUAAGCUCGAUGAUGAUGGCAUCGCACCGCCCGGAACGAGGGUGUCUGGGGAGGAUGUGAUUAUUGGGAAGACCACACCGCUGGUCCAAGACGAAACUGGGACUCAAGCUCAACGGUAUUCAAAGAGGGAUCAGAGUACGUGUCUACGCCAUAGUGAAAGUGGAAUGAUCGAUCAGGUGUUACUUACGACCAAUGCGGAUGGUUUGCGUUUUGUCAAGACAAGGGUGCGAUCCAUACGCAUCCCUCAAAUUGGUGACAAGUUUAGUAGCAGACACGGGCAGAAGGGUACUAUUGGAAUGACGUACACGCAAGAAGACAUGCCCUUCACACAAGAAGGCAUAACACCGGAUAUCAUCGUGAAUCCGCAUGCUAUUCCAUCCCGCAUGACCAUUGGCCAGCUGAUCGAGUGUAUCAUGGGUAAAGUUGCAGCGCUCAUGGGAAAAGAAGGUGAUGCGACGCCAUUCACUGAUGUCACGGUGGAUAACAUCAGCAAAGCACUCCACAAGUGUAACUAUCAGUUAAGAGGCUUCGAGACAAUGUACAACGGACACACCGGUCGCAGACUGAGUGCCAUGAUUUUCAUCGGGCCAACAUACUACCAGCGGUUGAAGCAUAUGGUCGACGACAAGAUUCACUCCCGUGGGCGUGGUCCUGUUCAAAUACUUACGCGCCAGCCCGCAGAAGGUCGAUCAAGGGACGGAGGCCUUCGUUUUGGUGAAAUGGAGCGGGACUGCAUGAUCGCACACGGAGCAGCGCAUUUUCUCAAGGAGCGCCUGUUUGAUCAGAGCGACGCGUAUCGCGUCCACGUUUGCGAGCAUUGCGGUCUGAUUGCGAUCGCGAACCUGAAGAAGAAUACGUUCGAGUGCCGGAGCUGCAAAAACAAGACGGAGAUUGUUCAGGUUCAUAUACCAUACGCUUGCAAGCUUUUGUUCCAAGAGCUAAUGGCUAUGGCUAUAGCGCCUCGAAUGUUCAUGAAGGAGGUUAAGAAGCUCAAAGGACACGUAAAGAAGGUUUAAGGUACCCUUCCUGAUUUUCAUCUCAGUCCAAGUUCGUGCUCACGGUUAACGAGGCAGGAAACUCACACACUAGUUGUAACUCUUUUUGUAUAUCAAAUGAAGACACUCUUACACUCUUAAAAACUU